AUGGCGACUUCUGAGGACAAGGAAGGAGCUGCGGCGGAGACUGUAAUAGCAGAAACUCAGAAGAAAAUCAUAGAUGCUUUUGAGGUGUUUGACCAUGAAUGUAAUAAAACUGUGGACGUCAGAGAGAUUGGCACAAUCAUUAGGUCACUAGGCUGCUGCCCAAGUGAGGGGGAAUUGCAUGAUAUGCUUGCAGAGGUAGAAGAAGAAGAACCAACUGGAUUUAUUCGUUUGGAAAAGUUUCUUCCUAUGAUGACUAGAGUAUUAAUGGAAAGAAGGUACAGGCCAAUUCCGGAAGAUGUUCUUUUACGUGCAUUUGAGGUUUUAGAUCAGAAUAAAUGUGGACAUCUUACCAAGGAUGAGUUGAUCAAGUAUAUGACAGAAGAAGGUGAGCCUUUCACACAGGAAGAAAUGGAGGAAAUGCUUUCUGCUGCUGUAGAUCCAGAGACAAAUACUGUUCGCUACAAAGACUACAUUUCAAUGAUGGUUGUGGAUGAAAACUAA